UCGGUUGAACGGUUUUCAGGAACCGCGCCGUUGGGCACCUUCUCCACAAGCGCCCCCAGACCCCAGGAUCAUGACGAACACAGUUUUCCUGGGGUAAAGUCUGCCUGUGUGGUUGCUUGAUAGUUUCAAAAUAUUAAAAGUCUCCAGCAACCCUCACUUCUGGGCUCUGAUUUGAGCAACCCAAAGUGGCACCGGCUUUCCGAGAAUCCUUGGUUCAACUCUCUAUUUUCGCUCUUUUACUUCUCACCCAUGAGAUAAGCAAUCAUCAUGGUGAAUUACGACGACGGCUAUGCAGCCGAAAAGGUUGACUCACAACAUGAUGCUAAGCACCUUGAGGUCAGCGCCGACUCUCAGUUGGCACUCGCUGCCGACUUUGAAGACCAUGAGAUGGGCAUCUGGAAGUCAUUCGUCCGUUACCCGUGGGCAUGUGCCUGGUGUGUUUACGCAUGCUGGACUAUCAUCCUACUCAGCUUCGACGUCCAGGCUGCAGGUGCUGUUGUGGGGAUCCCCGAGUUUCGCAAAGACUUUGGAUACGAGUUCAACGGAGACUAUGUCCUUCCAGCUAUCUGGCAGUCUGCCUUCAGUGGCGCACCUAUUGCCACUGCCGUAAUUUCAUCGAUUGCCUCCGCCGAGCUCGCUGAUUACAUUGGCCGGAAGAAAGUCCUGGCUUUGGCCCUCGUCAUCUCCUUUAUUGCCGUCGCUAUUGAAUUCAUUGCAACAACAAAUCCGGUCUUCUUUGCUGGGAAGCUUCUCAAUGGUUUCAUGGUCGGUGCUGUCGGCACCAUCAUGGUGAGCUACAUCGGAGAAAUUACACCACUGGCCCUCCGCGGCAUCUUCACUUGUGGAGUCGGUGUUGCCUACGGAAUCGGACCUCUAGUUGCGUUUAUUGUAAUCAACUACACCGGCACCGUCGAGUCUCGCUGGGCCUACCGCACAGUCUUCUGUUGCCAAUUCGGCUUUGCCGGAGUUUCAGCGAUUCUUUGGCCAUUCAUGCCUGAAUCUCCGUGGUGGCUAGUAUCCAAGGGGAAGAAGGACGAAGCUCUCAAGAGUCUCGGAAGACUUGGACACUCCGGCAAUGAGGGGAGAGCGAAACUUGCUCUCAUUGAGCGCACACUCAAUGAGGUCAAAGCCGAGACAGACGGUGUCACCUACCUUGAGUGCUUUAAGAAAUCAAACCUGAGGAGAACAAUCAUCAGCAUCAUGCCUCUUUGCAUUCAGAGUUUUAGCGGAAUUGCCUUUGUGGCCAGCUACUUCACUUACUAUCUCCAGCUUGCUGGUUACUCCACUUCAAUGAGCUACCAGCUUCAGAUUGCUCAACCCGUCCUAUCUAUUGUCGGCAACUUGAUGGCUGCCGCUGUAAUUGACAGAGUCGGCCGAAGAAACCUGACGUUCUAUGGCCUGGCCAUUCUUACAGUCUUCCUUCUGAUCACAGGCGGAUUAGGAACAGGCACCAGCCAGCCCAUGAUCAAAGGAACCGUUGCGUUUAUUCUCAUCUACAGCUGGUGGUACAAUGUCUCAAUCGGAUCAACCGCCUUCUCUCUGCUUGCCGAGGUGUCUACUUCUCGCCUACGAGCCAAGACCGUCGCCAUCGGAUAUGCAUCGCAAAACUCCAUCAAUGUCAUGUGGCAGUUUGUCAUUCCGUACAUGUUCAACCCGGACAAGGCCAACCUCGGCGCCAAGAUUGCCUUCAUCUUUGGUGGCUUGUGCCUCUUUUCCCUGGCUUAUCUCUGGCUCUUCCAGCCUGAAACUGGUGGUCGCUCCUACGAAGAGCUCGACGAAAUGUUUGCCAAGGGCGUUCCCGCGAGAAAGUUCAAGUCGUAUAAGACGACUGUGCAGUUACGAAAUGAGACUGCUGCGCAUGAUGGGAGCCAUUGAUGUAGCUCGCGACGUAUGGUAGGGCCAGUCCGAGCUGAAUAUCAUUAGGACAACUAAACGGUGUCACGCCUGUAUGUGAAGAAGCAAAUAAUCUCGUACAAUUUCUCAAUCAUACCGG